GUCGUUUACCGUUCAUUGCGCACUGCGCAAGCGCUUAAGGUAACGUGACAUCUCAAGUGAACUAAAAAUAAUUCAGCCUUUGUUAAAUAAAUACUUAUUGUACAGUUUUAUACAUUUUCCAAUUGAUGAAUAACAUAUCUCAAAGAAUCAUUUAGAAGAGAGUAGUGUAUGGAGAUCAAUAAUAAUGUUCGAGGCCUGAUUCAACUGGAAAUUGCCCUGGAAUUGAGGAUUGUGAUGUAGAAUUUGAAUUUAAAAUGGCUGACUCGUAUUACCAGGGCGACUAUAUUCGGCAUCCGGUCAUCUACGAGCUCUCCCAUAAAUACGGCCUCCCCACCGAAAACCUCAUCGAGUCUCAACUACCGGGCAAGCUUGAGGAGCUAAAGGAGAUCAUCCGUAGGGAGAUCCGCAAAGAGCUCAAGAUCAAAGAGGGCGCUGAGAAGCUACGAGGUGUCUCAACUGACAGACGGUCGCUCAGCCAUGUUGCUACGAUUGUCAAGAAUUCCAACUGGAAGCUCACCGAGCUCAAGAACGAGCUUAGUGAGCUCGAGUCGCAGAUUAUACUAUCACAAGGACAGAGUACGCUUGCGUCGAUUCCUACCAAUGGAGAUUCGGUACAUUUGUCACUGACAUCCCAAAAUAACGACAAAUUCAACGCCAGUCUACUCAGCAAAAUAGAGAAUUUAGAGAAGCAGCUGAGUAUUGAAUUGAAAGUGAAACAGGGUGCUGAGAAUAUGAUUCAAAGCAUUACUGGAAAAGAUAAGAAACUGUUAUUUGAGGCCCAGCAGAUGUUGCAGGAUUCGAAGAAGAAGAUCGAGUAUUUGAGGAUGAAAAUUACAAAGUUGAAGCACGACGUUGACUCAAAGUCGCGUACCGGUUCCAUGCAUGAUUUGGCAGACAACGGUGACAUGUCUCAAAGUGAUUUUGAGCCGCCAUUGGACGAAAGGAUAGAAGAUUUGAAGCAUAGAUUAAGAGUGGAAACGGCCGUUGUAGAGGGUGCUAAAAACGUCAUUAGACUUCUGCAGAACAGCAGCAAAGACAAAGGUGAUAAAAAGGCACUCACUGAGGCGCAAGAAAGCCUGAGAGCGAGUAGCAUGAAACUAGAUCUCUUGAAGAAAUCGCUGGAGUUGCGACGGUCGGAACUCCCGGAUGACUCUCCCGUGGCUAUUCAGUUGAAAGAGGAGUUGGCUAAUGCUCAGACUCUCAGUCAUACUUCACCGAUGAUGUACACGAGUUUACAGCCGUUUAGAGAAAGUGGGGAUAUCGGCAAGAAUAGUAUGUCGGCAUCCACGUUUGGAAGGUGUGCAGCUGUAACUGGUACUCUGGAAGUCCGUCUAAUGGGCUGCCAAGACCUUUUAGAAGACGUACCUGGCAGGCCGAAAAAGGACGUAGACGCAAAUUCAAGUCCGAUGGAUCUGAGAUUUUUCAAAAAGACAAGCAGAAGCUCGUCCAAGAGUUAUAGUAUAAAAGAGGAAGUGAGUGAGGAAAUAAUGGCUGUUCUGAAACUCGACAACAACACCGUGGCUCAGACAAAUUGGAGACUUUGCUCUCAGCAGGCUUGGGAUCAGAGGUUUUCCAUCGAACUAGACAAAUCGAGAGAAUUAGAAAUAGGGAUAUACUGGAGGGAUUGGAGAUCAUUGUGUGCAGUUAAAUUUUUAAAACUAGAAGAAUUCAUUGACGACGAAAGGCAUGGAAUGGCCCUUCACCUAGAACCUCAAGGAUUGCUAUUUGCUGAGAUCAAAUUUUUGAACCCGAUGAUUUCGAAAAGGCCGAAGUUGCAAAGGCAGAAGAAGAUUUUCAAACAGGUGAUGCCCAGGGCAAAACAAAUGAAUAUCAAUAUAGUCACGUGGGGAAGGUGGAUGAAGCAGGCGUCGAGGAUUCCUAGUCGGCAGACGCUGGCGUUCGGUUCGACUGAAAAUAUUACGGAUGAUCUAGCGGGAGAUGACAAACCCGAAACACCCGGCGAGACCCCUGACCCAUGCACAGUCGGCCUUGGCGGUCAACGCCCUCUAGGCCUGAUCGGUCUCACGCCGCCUCCACUACCCUCAACACAACCACCUCUCCCCCCACCCCCAUCGCAAAUUCAAGCGACCGCGCCCAGCGUUGCUACUCCUGCCUCUGCUGCCCCGCAUCAUGUCAGCACGCCACCCCUCAGUUCGCCAUCCCACGCCACGCCGCCUCCGAUACACAAGAAGCGGACGGCAGCGAUGCCGGUUACGCCACCUCCAAUUCCGCCGCGGUUAGAUCCAGAGAGCGUGGCGGCAUUAAAGGAAUUCGAUUUUCUCGAGGAACAGGAGGUUGUUAGACCAGGACCUCUUAUUAUACCCUCAACACCCUCAACGCCCACAAUACCUCCAGAUCAGUUGGUACCCCCUAGUCCUCAGCCUGUUAUAGAAUUCCCAGAUGAUGAGCCUGAACCGUUGGCAGCAAUGAACGUAAUCCGCAGGCCUCCGCCACGGGAACAGCAGUGCUACAGGGACAGCGCUUACGAAUCAAAACGGCAAUCCCAACAGUACACCAACCUUAACAUCGAACACUUCAGACUGAUCAGCGUAUUGGGCAGGGGACAUUUUGGAAAGGUCAUCCUAUCUCAGUACAAGAACACAGGAGAGUAUUUUGCCAUUAAGGCCUUAAAAAAAGGCGACAUAAUAUCCCGUGAUGAAGUGGAGUCCCUCCUAUCAGAGAAACGCAUCUUUGAGGUGGCCAACUCAAUCCGCCAUCCAUUUUUGGUCAACCUAUUCGCCUGUUUCCAAACGGAUGCCCACGUUUGUUUCGUAAUGGAGUAUGCUGCUGGUGGCGAUCUCAUGAUGCACAUACAUGCUGAUGUCUUUAAUGAACCCAGGGCGGUGUUUUAUGCGGCGUGUGUCGUGCUUGGCUUGCAGUAUUUGCACGAGAAUAAGAUCAUCUACAGGGACUUGAAAUUGGACAACCUGCUGCUGGAUACUGAAGGAUACGUAAAAAUUGCCGAUUUCGGCCUGUGCAAAGAAGGCAUCGGCUUCGGAGAUCGUACUGGUACGUUCUGCGGAACGCCUGAGUUCCUUGCUCCUGAGGUACUCACGGAGACAUCCUAUACCAGAGCCGUGGAUUGGUGGGGCUUAGGAGUACUCAUCUUCGAAAUGCUUGUUGGGGAGUCACCAUUCCCUGGCGAUGACGAGGAAGAAGUGUUUGAUUCCAUUGUUAAUGAUGAAGUUCGAUAUCCCAGAUUCCUGUCACUAGAGUCCAUAGCCAUCAUGAGAAGGUUGCUGAGGAAAAGUCCAGACAGAAGGUUGGGUUCUAGUGAGAGGGAUGCAGAGGACGUGAAGAAACAAGCAUUUUUCAGACAUAUCCAAUGGGACGAGCUCCUGCACCGUAGAAUACCUCCACCAUUCGUGCCUACUAUCCAAUCCAUGGAGGACGUAAGCAAUUUCGACGAGGAAUUCACCUCGGAGAGGGCGCAGCUAACCCCACCGAAAGAACCCCGUCAACUGACGAUCACAGAUCAGAAUCUGUUCAGGGAAUUCACGUAUAUGGCGGACUGGUGCUGACACUAGUGAUAAGAGGUGAUUAGCGCCACCUAGUGUUUGCUAACGCUAGUGAUAAGAUACGAGCUUGUUUGUAAUAUAUUUUUUGUAAUUCUCGUUAUAAACUGUCCAACCAGCAUACUAUCAACUUGAAGGUACUCGUAUAUAUUUGGAGAGCUUUAAGUGCAGGGAAUGUCUAUUUUUUGAGAAAAAUGGGAUCGAAAAAGUCCAUUCUAACUAUGUACAAUGAAUGCUAGGUGGACGCUAAAAAACUAGGGUUGCGAUUUACGUCAUCUGUCAUUCUGAAAAAUGACAUAUAAUUGGAUAAUUUUCCAUAAAAGUAGUGCAAGUAGUACAAAAAUCAAGUUCUUCACAUUUCGUAUCUUCAUUAAGGUAAUCGAUGGUGCAAUUCUGGAUUUCGUAUGGCGCAUCAGGAUCUGCCAAGUGAAGCCUUCAGGCUUAUAUUUCGCGAGAUUGUGGAACAUUCUGCUUGAAGUUAUUUUCCUAGUUUUAAGCUUAAACAUUUAAAAAAUCAGAAUGCAUGAUGUUGAAAAAACUUGAAUCUAACAUUUCUAAUUGCAAAAUUCGCACUAGGCGUGCCACGCCAUGAGGACUGGCUCAACAGCCGUUUUGCUGAUAUUUGCCUGAACUACUUCAACCUGCAUUUCGCUAGCAUGUUGUGUGCGAUGUAGGCUCGUAGGAUACUAUUCGCUGGGUGCGCGGAAACAGCGCCACCUAGAGGAGAUAGGGUACAAAUAUUUGACAUGUGGCGAUACAAAAACAAAUGUAUAUCAAUCAAACAGACAUUUAGCCGAUUUCAGGUUAGGAACAAUUUGAAUUUAAUACUGACAAUUUUCUUUUGAUGUGACAAAGCGAAAUAUUAGCACCAAUGCCAGAUCUCAGUUGACUCCACAUCAUAGAUUUCACCAUAGACGUCACGCAUAUAUUCUAAUAUCAGGCCAACGUGCACGGCGAUCAAUACAGUUCUCCUAUGCACUUCGCUCCUGGAGAAUACGAAAUCGCUUUUCGAUACAAGAAAUUACGUUCUGAUACUAAACUACUGAACUACACAAACAUGUGAUAAAAUGAUAGGAUGACGUAAAGGUUAUGGCGACUGUGACAGUGCCUGCUAUGACUCUUUUUGAGAUUCCUAGUAUCUCCAUGUUCUCCUUGUUGUGCCUAUGAAUCUGAAUUUUUUAUAACAGUAUUCAGAAGACGCUAGUUUUUGAACAUUUUAAAAGAUUAUUUGUAAAGGGUAAUGUCGAAGGCUUUGCUCAUUUUACUCUUUUUAAUGAUAAAAAGGCUGCAUUUUCUAUGAAGAAUCGCGUAGAAUGAUGUUUUGGUUACUAUUUUUAUAACGUUAGCUUGAAUUGUUAGCUUUUUCGGACUAAUACGAAAACUGUGUCAAAAUCUUGUUAUCCUGUUGUAGUUAUAGAGUUUGUUGGUAGUGAGGAGUAUCAUAUUUUUUCACGGAGGAUCCAAAACUGUUCAUAAUUGCUUAUUACAGUUGAACAUCUACAAAUGAAAAAAAUGAUUGAUGAUUCAUUAAGAGGUAAUUUUUCAAAAACAAACAAGUAAAUGUGUCGGGUUAUUUUAAUAAGCAAACAGAAGAAGCCACAAUGGAAUUUCUUUUUGGAAAUAAUUUUUCCAAGUGUUGUGCAUCGCUGCGGGUGACUUCUAAUUAUUCAAUCGUACUCUCUUCUCCAUAGACCCAAAUGAAAAAGUCUAGAGGUGUGCAAUCAUACGAUAUAUAGACAGCCAAAUCAGCCGAAAACAAAAAAUAAGCUUACCGUCUCUUGUCCGCCAGCAUUAUAACUUUAUUUUUUCUUAUGGACGCUACAUUGGAUUUUUGCACAAAUUUUUUAAUCCAAAAAUGUAUAAUGUCAUUCAUUGACAUUAUGAGAACUACGUUAUUUCUUAGUUAUUUCAGAAAAACAGAAUUUCCUAAGUAGGCAUUGAAAUUAUCAGAUAAUAAUUUGUUCCAUACUCAGACCAGACCUCAAAUUGAACAUACUAACAGAGUAACUGAGAAGAGAAAUGAAGUGAGCAGUGAACAUGCGCAGAGAAGUGUCAGGCGUCUUCUCCAAAAUAACGGACAAUAUUUUGAACAUAUGUUAUGAUUUACCUCUGCUUGUAUACAAUUAUUAUUUUUUACCAUUCAUCAAAUUUUCAUUUUGUGUUUAGGGUUCACCAUACUUAUUAAUUUCCUUAUAAUUUUCGUUCCAUCAACAAAUAUCUGAUAAUUGCAAGGCCUAGACCUAGAAAAAUCGUUUUUUUAACUAGUUAAGGCUUGGAAAAGUCAAUUUAUGAAAUAUUAUACAUUUUUUGAAUUAGAAUUAAAAACUUUAUUCAUAUGCUGGGGCACAAGGUUCGAAACGUAGUAUUGAAAUUCUAAUUAUGUCGUAUUGUAAAGGAGAAAGAGUGGCAAUUUAGAUGUACAAUUUAUUAAAAAUUGAAGCGAUUUUUGUAAAAUUCGUUUUUUCCAUCUCUCUCCGGAAGUACUUUGAAUUUCGGAAGUUUUUAAACAAAAUUUUGUUCAUUACCUAAAUACUCAAACUUGUCCCUAAUUAAGUGACUUCGUAUCAAUUAUAUUUUCCGAGAUCCCAAUGGUGAGCGUCGAAUAUGAAACACCCGGUAUAGUGUGUUAUUCUGGUACGAUAGUGAUCGUUAAAUUGUUCCCCAGUGUUCGGUCCUAGGACCAAUCCUUCAUUCACUUUUUAUCCAUGAUGUCCCUUGCCCCAGCAACUGUGAAGUCUACCUCUAUGCUGACGACACUGUACUUGUCGCCCAGUUGUGUGCUGGUGAUAUGGUUCACGAUGGGUUACAGAGUGCGGUGGAAGAAGUACUAGAUUGGGCGGAACGGUGGCUCAUUAAAAUUAAUCACUCGAAAACGCAGGCUAUUUAUUGUACCAAAAAACGUCGCGACCCCCCAGCAGAGGUUUCUGUAGACGGCAAUCGUGUACCAUGGACAGAUUCUGCCAAGUACCUCGGUGUCACCCUUGAUAAAGGCAUGACCUGGCAGAAACAUACAGCAGCCUUGAAAACAAAAUUCCAAAUUGCGUUUCGGCAAUUAUAAUCAUUCGAAAACGCAGGCUAUUUAUUGUACCAAAAAACGUCGCGACCCCCCAGCAGAGGUUUCUGUAGACGGCAAUCGUGUACCAUGGACAAAUUUUGCCAAGUACCUCGGUCUCACCCUUGAUAAGGGCAUGACCUGGCAGAAACAUACAGCAGCCUUGAAAACAAAAUUACAAAUUGCGUUUCGGCAACUAUAUCCUUUGUUAUGUAGAUCCUCCAAAUUGAGUUUGAUAAACAAAGUUCGCCUAUAUAAAAUGCUUAUUAGACCAGCCAUUACUUAUGUAUGUGCGGCUUGGUGUUUUCUUUCCAAGACACACAUGCAAAGUCUUCAAGUACUGCAAAGCAGAACUUUGCGAACAAUUUGCAACGCUCCAUGGUAUGUCUCAAACGAGACACUACACAGAGACCUUAACAUUCCUUACUUGAGGGAUUAUGUCAAGCUUCAGGCGCAGCGACGUUAAGUCAAGCGGAAUCUUACAGCAACCCUCUGUUGCGCGACUCAGUGGACUACACAGUGGAGCAAGUUCGUAGACAUGCAAGGCCACGGCGCGCACUGUAAUUUAAUUAAUUAAUUUAAAUUAGCGCGACCUUUUAGUAAACUUAAAAUUACACUCUAACAAAACCGAAUCAAAAUUUGUUUAGUUCACCUCAAAAUUAAUCCCUGUACCAAGUCAAAAAGCCUAGGUGUUUCCUCUUAAACUAAACACUUGUUUUUCUUUGCUCUUCUCCUUUUUUCUUCUCUUUCCCUUUCUCAUUUUUCUAGACAUUGUCUGGUUUCUGGGCAACCAGGUCUGAUAGAUUCGACUAACGUUCAUUAGACAGUGACUAAUGGGCAAAGGUCCUACGGACCGCCCGGACAAACAAUUGACGAAUAGUUUAGCGAUCGUUAAAUAUCCUCGGAGAGCUUUGACACGACAACGACUAGACCACAUGAAUCGCAGUGACAGCCGAUAUUUCGAAAAAAUAUGUUUCAAAAAAUUAAUAUCAAAAAUGCUCUCAUACAGUAAUAAAGAUAACCCAAUGAGGUUCAUAUUUAUCUUUUUGACAAAGUACCUCCAAAUGAAUGACCUGUUUUAUUUACUAUAAACAUGCAAAACUAACUCCAGAUGGCAUUCAUCUUGUAUCCCAUUAAUUAUAUCUUUUACAUGUGUCUUGUAUACAUAGAAUUGCUAUCUAUCGUCAGUAACUGGAUUACUCUGAUGAGUGUUUAGGCUAAAACCGAAAGUGUGUAAUAGAUGAGAGUGUGCGCUCAUGUUUAGUUCCAGUUUUAAAUCAUAAACUAUACAGGGUGUUUUAGUUUAUUAUUGCAUAACUUUAGGAUUCGAUAGAACUUUUAAAACUAAUGCAUAAAGUCUAUAUAAACAGGAGUCGAAAAAUGCCUGGCUUCCGAGAUACAGGGUGUUUAAAUUUACUUUCUAAAAUAGUUUUUUUUUUAAAUAUUUCGAACAAAAUUUGAUGCAUAACAGUGAAAAUUGGUAUACAAGGAUUUUUUGGUACGACAAAACGAACCAUGGGCAUAGUUUUACUGUAGCCGUUAGAGGGCGCUCUCUACUGUACCUGUAGUGUAUUAAAAUGACCGAAAAUUUUUCUUAGUGCAAUUUUUUGCUUUUUGAAUAAAAAACUGAUUCUUCGCACUUUUCAACAUAAAAAAGCUCUCCUGUGAGUUUUCGUUGUAGUCAGCCGUUUUUGAGAUUUCGAUUUUUAAGGUUCGAUGCAUUUGUAAUUAUUUAUGGGAAAAUAAUAUUUUUUUUACAUUUUCGAUUUGGACAAGUAAUUAAGAUGAUCGUUUAGAUUGUGUUUCUAAACACAGUAAUAAUUCCUAACUCCAAAUAAACACAAAAAAACAGAAUAUUAAUUUGUUUAAUUUUCAAAUAUUAUUUUUAACAAAUUAAAUUAAUUAUUUACAACUAAAAUGCUAUUGGAUGGUUAGGACAAACAAAAUCUAAAGUAGUUGCUCGAAAUGUCAACCCAAUUGUUCAAUACACAAUUCACAUCUACGAAUGAUCGAACGUGGUAUAGUAUUAUUCAAAUAAGGCCUUAUUUCAUCACAUGCAUUCCUGGUUCUGUCUAUUAGCAUAUCUCUUGUGGUUACGGGGGUCUGGUACACUUUUUUUUUUAGAAAUCCCCACACAAAUAAAUCUAAUGGAUUUAGGUCAGGGAAUCGUGGAGGCCAGGCGACUGGUCCUCCACGGCCGAUCCAUCCUUCUGGAUAAUUUUCGUCCAGCCAGUUUCUAACUAUUCUCGAAUAAUGAGCUGGACAACCAUCAAGCUGGAACCAGGCCAAUCUUCUUAAAUCUAACCUAACAUCAUCCCACAUAUUUGCAUGUUCAGCCUUUAAAAAUUCCAAGAAGGUCGCAGCAUUUAACCUUGCAGGCAAAAGGUAGGGUCCAAAUAGUCGAUUACGGUAGAUACCAAUCCACACGUUCACACUAAAUUCAUGCUGAAAAUUUCUUUCCCGAACUGCAAGCGGAUUUUCAUGCGACCAAAUUUACCACUCCACGUCUAGUGAAGCAUGACUCAUCGGUCCAUAAAACGUUACUUAAAAACUCCCUGUUAUCAGUUCUAUCAAGAAUCCACUGACAAAAUGUGAUUCUUCGUUCUCCGUCCCAGGUUGCAAAUGGUAAGGACGUCUUUGGUCAUUUCCAAGAACACGGUGAACAUGGCUUGCAGAAAUUCCCAAGGCACCAGACACUCUCCUAACACUUGUGGUCGGAUCUCUAUCAAACUCACGCAGAAUCAUACGGGUAAAUCUGCGCUGACGAACAAUUUAUGUUUUGAUCCCUUUGGAGAUUUUCAAAACCAUUUUCAAUUAUUUGGCGAUGCACUCUUUCAAAUACUGAGCGAGUUGGAUGUCGUCUGUUUGGAAAUCUUUGUGCGUAUUCUCUGGCUGCUUCUGCUGCGUUUCCAUUUACUUACAAAGCCAUACACAAAAUGAAUAUCCGCUAACUCUUGAUUGGAGAAUAAAAAUUGCAUUUUUAUAAAACUUACAAAAAAAAAACAGGUAAAAGAAACUAAAUUUCGUGCACUCACAAUUGCAAAAAAACGUUUCAGGUGUCAACAGACAACAAAACUAACUGUCAACUAAUUGACGUUUAACCUUAUUCUGCUUUCAAUUUCAAAAAUAUUUGCAGGCAUAGCCUACUUCUAAAAAUUAUCGAGAUACUGACUUUUUAACGUUAUUUUAUCAUGAAUAAUUAAAAAUGCAUCGAACCUUAAAAAUCAAAAUAUCUCAAAAACGGCUAACUAUAACAAAAAUUCACAAGAGAGCUUUUUUAUGUGGAAAAGUGCGAAGAAUCAGUUUUUGUAGUCAAAAAGCAAAAAAUUGCACUAAGAAAAAAUUUUAGGUCAUUUUAAUACACUACAGGUACAGUAGAGAGCGCUCUCUAGCGGCUACAGUAAAACUAUGCCCAUGGUUCGUUUUGUCGUACCAAAAAACCCUUGUAUACCAAUUUUCACUGUUAUGCAUCAAAUAUUGUUCGAAACAUUUAAAAAAAACUAUUUUAGAAAGUAAAUUUAAACACGCUGUAUUUCGGAAGCCACGCAUUCUUCGACCCAUGUUUAUAUAGAUUUUAUGCAUUAAUUUUAAGAGUUCUAUCGAAUCUUAAAGUUAUGCAACAAUAAACUGAAACACCCUGUAUAUUACAAGUAUUGUCCCAGUGAACAAUUCCAUCCAUAUUUUUUUAAGCAAUGAUAUACCAAGAUGCCUCCAUUUUAUCAUUUUUAGUACAAAUGCUCAGUGAUGAAUUUGCAAUCCAUAUGCCCAAAUAUUUCAGAAUAAUCUAGGGCGUUAAUUGUUUUGUCAAUGUGCCAAAAAAGAUAUAUCUUGAUAAAUAACGAGUGAAAAUGGGAAAACUCAGAAAAGUACACCUAAAUAUAGAAUAAUCUCAAAAGUGAGGUACCCUUUACAUUCGUUUGGCAACGUUUCCUAUAACGGCAACAGUAAAUUGUCGAAGUUCUUGCUUCGUUUAAUAUGAGACUGCCGUGACUUCCGGAAUUUUCCCGGCAGAGUUACGAGAAAGGUUUUUUAUUUUUGUAGCAGCUCUCGUACAUAUAUAUCUACUUUUGCAUUUGUAGAUGUUGACCUGUCAAUCCAGUUAGUCAAUAAUAUUCGUUAGAUAUAUUUUCUAUUCUUAGCAGACUGAACAAUAUUUGUCAUUUUGUUAAUUCUUCACAAUCUGUCCCUGUUAAUUUUCUACUCCCUGAACAUAUGUUUUCACAAUUAGUUUUAUUUUGGAAAUCAUCUUAACCAUUACUUGCAAUGCCAUUACUUUUUAGUUUUAUUUAUGAUAGCUUUACUUUUUUCGUCUUCAUUGAUUGUAUUUAUAUAGGUACUAAUGAUUACGUUAGUUUUGCGCUGUUUUAUAGAACCUAAGGGCCUACGGAUGAAAGGGCUGUAUUAAAUUUAGUCAAAACCUAACAUGUAUUUAUUUUAGCGAUAUUUAAUUUUUAUAGAUAUAUGUAUAUAAAAUUAUUUUAUUUGUUUCAAAUAAACUGCAAU